AUCUAAUGAGGCGUGUAGCUAGAAUUGCUUAAUCUGUAAUCAAAAAUAGAAUGUUCUAAUCUCUUCAACAAAAGAUUGUCUAUCAUUUUGAUGAAAAUUACAAUAAAUUUUAUAAAGAGAAAAAUGAAAAUUUGGUAUUUUUUUAAAUCAAGUUCAGAUCCACCCUACUUAUACAUCCAAACACUUUAAAGUCUCAUCAAAUUCAAUAAUUUAAUACUUGGAAGACAAGAAGAUGGAACACAAAAUAUAAGGAAAGUAUGUACAAUUAAGAUAUUGUCCAUUCUGUCCAAAACAUAAUAUUGAAAAUCCAUCUAACCAAUUUGUAAUGGGAAUAAACUUAGAGAAGUAAAUCUUAUAUUAAUCAUUAUAGUGGAUCAUAUAAUUGUUUUAGAGCUAGCUGUUCGGCAAAAGGUUCUUGGUUUGAUUUUAAGAACUUUAUGAAUGGGACUCUCAAUACUUCAUAAUAGUAAAAUCCAUAGACUUAAUAAUAACCCAUUUAGAAAUUGAAUAUAUUUGAAUAUCACUAAUACUACGAGAGAUUAAAAUUAUAAGAACCUAAAAUAGUAUAUGACUAUUUGACAGGUGAUGAUUGGGAAAAUGUACAAUUUGCCUUUUAUUCACUAGUCAGAAUUAAAGAGGAAUUAAGGAUGAUGUCUUGAAAUUAUAUUUGAUUGGCAUUGAUAUAACUGAAAUCUAUGAUCCAUAAUAAGGCACUUAUGUAUAAGCUCCACUUAUAUAUUUCCCUAUGUUUAGAUAUAGAAAUUAGCAUGAGAAGAAUAAAAUUAUGUAAAAAGCAUUGAAACAGAAAAAAGAAGAUGUGUUAACUGAGAAAGUUUUGAGUGAAGAAACUAAAUAAAAUAUUAGUUCACAAUUAGAUAAUUAAUUUGAUAAUUUUCAAUAUGAAUUGGUAAGUUGCAAAAUAAGAGCAGCAGGAAAAGAUUUGAAACACAUUCAAAAAAUAGAACCUAUGAAUGCAGCAAAAGGAAUAUUUGGAAUGCAUUUGCUUAAACAAGAUUCUACUCAAGUAAUACUUACAGAAGGAGAAUUUGAUGCUAUGGCAGCAUAUUAAAUGACUAAUAUUCCUGCUAUAUCAUUACCAUAUGGUAUUAAUCAUAUUCCAGCUUAUCUUAUUGAAUGGUAUUUAUGAUGAUUAUCAAAUAAGGUUGGAUUAAUUUGAGAAAUUAAAUGAUAUUAUUAUAUGGGUAGAUGAUGAUAAUCCUGGUAGAAUUAAUUCUUAAAAAAUUGCUCGUAAACUUGGUAAUGCAAGAACAAGAGUAGUCUAACCAUCUUUACUUAAUCCUCAUGAUUAUCCUAAGGAUGCAAAUGAUUGUUUAAGAUUUUAUGCAGAUAAAGUAAUGACUUAUAUAGAUCAAUCAAAAUGUUUAUUAAAAAAGAAUAUCACUUAAUUUACUGAUUUUAAAUAAUUAACAAAGAAUAGAAUUCUAAAUUUUGAAUUAUCUAAGGGAACUUAAUCUUAAACAUUCACAACCUAUAAUAAUACAACAAAAGGAUUGAGAACUGGAGGUAAAUUAUUUAUUUAUUAUGAAAUUAGAAUUCACUAUUUUAACAGGACCCACUGGUAGUGGUAAAACAACAUUUUUGAGUUAAUUAUCUUUAGAUUUCUGUAAAGAAGGAAUAACAACACUUUGGGGAAGUUUUGAAAUUAAAACUGAUAGAUUGGCAGAACAUUAAUUAUUAUAAGCAUAUAAGACAGAUUUAAUUAAAUAAAAAGAUUUAGUUGAUAUAGCAAUAUAAAAAUUUGAGAAUGAAAUACCUAUAGUAAUAAAUUCUAUUUAUUAAUUAGUAUUAUAUGAAUUUUUAUGGGUCAACUGAUUUAGACUAGAUUAUUGAUACAAUUGAAUAUGCAAUAUAUGAAUAUAAUGUUACUCAUGUUUGUUUAGAUAAUUUAUAAUUUAUGAUGGGAACUUAAGUGGGAGGAAAUAGAAAAUUUGAUUUUCAAGAUGAAAUAAUUGAAAAAUUUAGAAGAUUAACUAGUAAUAAUGAUAUCCAUUUAACUUUGGUUAUUCAUCCUAGAAAAGUUGAUGAAAAUGAAGAUUUAACUAUUGCAUCUAUAUUUGGUUCAGCAAAAGCAACUCAAGAAGCUGAUAAUGUUUUUAUUAUUUAAAAUAGACCUAGAUAUAGAGUAUUUGAGAUUAAGAAAAAUAGAUAUGAUGGAGAAGUAGGAAGAGUUGGAUUAGGUUUUGAUGCUAAUGUGAAAUCAUUCUUUGAACUUACAUCUACAGAAGUCAAAGAAUUGAAUGAUGAAAAAGCUACUAUUUUAGAUAUUAUUAAUAAAAGAAAAUAAGAGGGUAGACAUUUUAAAUAAGAGAUUACUAUUAAUAAUAAAAAUGGAAAUAAUGAUGGAGGAAAUAAUGAAGGUGGAUCUUCAAAUAAAGGUGGAAAUAAUAAUACAAAUAAUACAAGAAUUAAUAAAAAGGAUAAUUCUAAUGUUUAAAAAAUAUUAGAAAAUAUAUAAAGUGCAGAUUACAAUAUUUUUAAAGAUUAAAAUGAUGAUGAAGAAGAUCAAAUGGCUUAACUUGAAAAAAUGGCUGAAUAAUAUGCAAAUCAAUAAAUUACAGAAAUUAUUAUAAAUUAAAAACCUGUGAAAUUGGCUUUAGAUGAUAUUGAAAAAAUUCAUAAUUUAGAUAAUAAUGAAACACAUUUUAUAAUUUAGGAAAAACAAUAAAACAAUUAAAAUAGUGAUAUUAAUAAUAAUGGAUACUUAAACUAAAGUAAAAUUAUAAGGGAAUGUUAAAAGUCCAUUGAACCAUCUAAUGAUUAUCUAGAAAUAUGGAAAUUUGAUUAAGAUAGCGAUUAUGGAUUAAAACCAAAAAUUGGAUAAUAUGAACCUAAAUAGGACUAAACUCCUUAAGAUAAUACUUAUACCCAUACUAACUCUAAUGAAUAUAAAUUAUUUAAUUCUGAUCCAUUAAACAAAUUUGCUGCCCAAAAGUUUAAUAAAGAAUUAGAUUAAAUUUCAUAAAAUGAUGAAUUUUAAGCUAUUGAUGAUCAAAUAGAACUUGCUAAUUAAUAUACAAAUCAAAAGAAUAAAUCUAAAAGGUCCUCUUUUAUUCAUAUUGGAUCCAAAAAGCCUUCUAAAUCUUAAUUAGAUUUAUGA